GGCCGCGCGGGGGCCGCAUGCGUGCAUGGAUCCGGGCGCCGCGCUGCAGAGGCGGCCCGCGGGCGGCGGCGGCCUGGGCACGGGCUCCCCCGCGCUGUCGGGCGGCCAGGCCCGCCGGCGGAAGCAGCCCCCUCGGCCGGCCGACUUCAAGCUGCAGGUCAUCAUCAUCGGCUCCCGCGGCGUGGGCAAGACCAGCCUGAUGGAGCGCUUCACGGACGACACCUUCUGCGAGGCCUGCAAGUCCACCGUGGGUGUUGACUUUAAAAUCAAAACUGUAGAGCUUAGAGGAAAGAAAAUUAGGUUACAGAUCUGGGACACAGCAGGUCAGGAGAGAUUCAACAGCAUUACCUCAGCUUAUUACAGAAGUGCCAAGGGGAUCAUACUAGUGUAUGACAUCACCAAGAAGGAGACGUUUGAUGAUUUGCCCAAAUGGAUGAAGAUGAUUGAUAAGUACGCUUCAGAAGACGCAGAGCUCCUCUUGGUUGGAAACAAGUUGGACUGUGAAACUGACAGAGAGAUCAGCAGACAGCAGGGUGAAAAGUUUGCACAGCAGAUAACUGGGAUGCGGUUCUGUGAAGCAAGUGCCAAGGACAACUUCAAUGUGGACGAGAUAUUUCUGAAACUCGUUGAUGACAUCCUGAAAAAGAUGCCUCUGGAUCUUUUGAGGAACGAGCUUUCCAACAGCAUCCUCUCGCUACAGCCGGAACCUGAGGUUCCGCCAGAACUGCCUCCCCCCAGACCGCACGUCCGAUGCUGUUGAUUUGCUUCUUUGGAGACAAAGUGGGAACAACCCCCGGAAAGGGGAAAGGUCCCAUCCUGCACUACAAUCAUUUUGACAAUUUCCUCUCGCACUUUGUAAUCCAAGUCAGAGCUAUACACUAACUUGUACAUAUGCAGUCCUGGGUAAGUUUGGGUUAUAAAUGACCUAUUUCCCUCCAAAUUAUUUUAUUUCACUCAUUAUCCCAGUGCCUCGUGUAUGUGCACUGGGAAAGGUAGUACUUCUAAUAUGAAGAGCAGGAGAAAUGAGAGAGCUAUAAUGUUUCUUGAAAUAAAUAAUAUAAUUGUCCUUGUUACUUGUAUUAUGAGGACAGAACAUAUUCUGAUAAGAAGAAAGAACGUGGUGCUUUGCUUACUGUUUAAAGAAAAUUUGUAAAACUAAAGACUUUUGUGUGGGGGGGAAAGCUAUCUUGAAUGCUUUUUCUUAAUUUACAUUUCUCCCAGCUGUAGCAUCUUUGAAGUACUGGAGUGUUUCCCAUAAAGCAGAGCUCCAUUCAGAGCCGUCUUGAAGGUUAUUUAUUCAUGUCACGUAUGGUAGAAUAGGACUAGUUAGAGGGUGGCACCUGGUCCUGAGGCUGCGGAAACUCUCUGGUUUUCCUAAUGGACGCACUCUAUGCUUUUAAGAACCACGAAGAUUCAGUAAGGAAAUGUUUUUUGAAACUAUAGAAGAUUUAAAAAGAACGCUGCUGUCCCACACAAAUCCUGUUUAAAGGAAUUUUAAAGAGAUACAUUUUACUAUAUCAAAGAACAUACCUGUAUUUGCCUAAACACCCUAUAUAACUUUGUAAUGAUAAAACUUCUCCCUUUGAUGGCGAAGCUUAUUCCUAUUAAACCUAGACUGUGUUCUUCUUUUUUUUUUUUUUUUUUUUUUUUCUCCUUCGUCUGAUCCUGAAUUUGUGAACUCUCUCUUUGGUAUAUCUUUUAUUAAACUGCACUGUUUGUUUAGUCAAGGUAAACAAGUCCUUCUGUAUCCGAAUAACUUGGCGUGUCUCGCGUGUUGUGAUGUGAGAAGCAUUGUGAUCUUUCUACACUAAUGACGUGCAAAUAAAAUUUUGUAUUUAUGAAAGACC